AUGUUGACUUCCAGUACGCCGCCGCCUUCACUCGCCACACCACCCGGCUCCGCAGCCUCUACACCCACAGCUGCGCUGCCGCCGCCUUCGCGCGCCACACCACCCGGCCCGCGGCCUCUACACCCACUGCUGCGCUGCCGCAGCUCUACACCCACAGCUGCGCUGCCGCCGCCUUCGCGCGCCACACUACCCGGCUCCGCGGCCUCUACACCCACUGCUGCGCUGCCGCCGCGGUCUGCCCUAACUGAUACGUCGCUCACCGCCUCGACGCCAGCCGCCGCUUCACCUGCUGUCACCGCCGCCACACCUACUCAUUCAGCUCCCGCUACACCUGCCGCCGCAUCAACUUUGUUUGAGUCAUCUGCCCAGCAUUCCGACUUAAUUAAUGAAAAUGUGGCAUUGAAGAAAAAAAUUGAUGAGCUCAACACAAAACUGCAAACGGGUGCUGCUUUCCUGGACAUUAGUGACCUGAGUCGUCAUCACUUCACGGCUCACGGCUUUCACCUUACCACUGCUGGAAAGGCUAUACUGGCUGACCUCAUUGUGAAGGGGCUGAACAGCCCGCCCAGAACCUUCAACAGAACGCCGGCAGAAUCAGCCCCGAGACCGCCACUGCCGCCGACGCCACCGCCACCGCCAACUAGCGCCCAAGGCCACAACACCUACGCGGAGGCUGUAACUCAAAGACCUGCGGGAGCGUCCACCCUUCCAACAACAAAAACUUUCUAUGGUGUAAAUAAAAAUAAUGCUGUUUUUUUAGGGACCCCGGACACCAGCGCCGGACUAAAUUGA